AGUACGCGUCUAUUCCCCGUUUCUCCAAGUUAUGACACAUUUGCUGUAAGAAAGAAUUAAAGAUCUUAACCCCAGCUGGACAAACCUUUGCCACCCCAAACCUGUCCAAACCGGGCGAACCAGCCGUGACAUGUAUCGGGCUACGUGGAUGUCACAUCAGAAUGACAGCACCACAAUAAUCUCUUUUCGGAGAGCUGCAUUUUGAUUUAAGAAAUCGUCCACCAACUUAGAUGAUGGACUUUCGUGGCAGGAGGCAUGAGCGAGGCAGCAACUGGACAGACCCGGAGAUUGUGGAGCUGCUCCAGCUGUGGUCCGACGAGUCGGUGCAGAUUGAACUGGAGAGUUCACUGCGCAACCAGCGUGUGUUUGACCGCAUUGCCCACAUUUUGCGUGAAAAGGGUAUCUACCGAACAGGAGACCAGUGCAGGGAGAAGAUUAAAAAGAUGAAGCUGGAGUACCGCCGCAUUAAGGACAACCACAAAAUGAGAUCUUGGAAGUUCUAUGAUGUUAUGGACAGGGUGCUGGCGAAUCGGCCGGCUAUUACCUACUCCUCCCUGGGUGGAGCUGUCAUAGCUCAACAGGUGUUUCAAAGCCCUGGGGCACCUGAGGCAUACCUACAAGGAGUUCCAGCAGGCUCGUUUGGUCCUGCUUCCUCAGGUGGGUUUCUCUUUGGCCAGCCUCCAAAAGCUGGAGACCCCCUGGAUAUCAAAUGUGAAGAUGUGGAGGAAAGCAUGCUGAACUCGGGCGAGGCACCACCUGAGAUGUACUAUGGAUCUGGAGAUGAUCAGGAAACUGAUGGACAGUCUCUGUUGGAGCCAGAAGACACACUGGGUCGAGCAGAGAGCACAACAAAUACAAGAAUUUCACCUUCAGGUUUUAGUGACCUGAACAUUGCUGGCUCUGCUACAGCCACCACCUUGGCUGUUGGUGGGCCCGUGGCACAGGACACAUCUGACGAGCCCAGAAAGGAGGGUUCUCAUCGACAAACCUCAGCGAGACAAAGGAAACGUCGGCGGGGUGGUAAAACAUCAUGGUGCCAUCGGGGUGGUAGAUGUGGUGGUCAGGAGAGACUGGAUAAAGCCCUGGCCAGCUUCCUGAGCUGGCAGCAGUCUGCAGAGGAGCGCCUUCUCUCACUGGAGGAGGCGCGGCUGGAGAGAGAGCUGCAGGCGGAGGAGCGCAGGGAGCAGAGAGAGGAGAGGAGAGCGGAACAAGAGCGUCAGCAUGAGCUCCGCCUGCUCAGCAUGCUCACAGGGGUGUUGCUCGCUGUCAGAGAGGGUACGCAAACCACAACACCAACCGACCCCGCCGUCUCACCCUUAGCUCAUCUUUCAGCUUCUCUGAUGACCACACCUGCCCCCUCUGCCCCUUCAUCUUCAUCUCAGCCACGUCCAGAAGCUCCCACAACAGAGUCUGUUUUCAGUCAGGAGACAAAAAAGUCACAGGUCACAUCUGUCAAGGCCUGCAAAAUGUCUCAGAAUGCUUUGGCAACACUGAGAGGUGAUGAAGGUCCUGGCAAUAGCUCCUACCUGUCCAACCGUGGCAACAGCAUCCGACUGCAUGAAGGUAUUCUCCAGGAGGGCUAUAUCCAAUAUGGAAUGGAUAGACACCAUGAUACUGAAAACCCAGAGGGUAUUAUCAACAUGGGGACCAGUGAGAACAAACUUUGUUAUGACCUUCUUCAUAAACGGCUGACCAAGCCUGACAUGCUACACAUCAACCCAUCCUUGUUGCAGUAUUCAGACUGGAGGGGACACGCUUUCCUCAGGGAGGAAGUUGCAAAAUUCCUGACUCGCCACUGUUGUUCUCCAAACCCGUUAAAAGCUGACAAUGUUGUGGUGAUGAAUGGCUGUGGUUCCCUCUUCUCAUGUGUUGCUGCAGUCAUUUGUGACCCUAAAGACGCCAUUCUCAUUCCAACUCCUUUCUAUGGCGUUAUCACUGAAGAUCUUCAUCUGUAUAGUGAUGUCAAACUCUUCCACGUUCCCCUUGAUUGUGAGGCUGAUGGUAAAGAUGACCAACCCUUCCGCCUCACUGUAGGGAAACUAGAAGAAGGUCUGCAAAGAGCUAAGCAAGAGGGGUUAACAAUUCGAGGUGUUAUCCUGAUGAACCCCCACAACCCUCUGGCCGAAAUCUACAGCCUGAAGGAAAUGAUUACCUUCCUGGAGUUUGCCAAAAGAAAUGCUCUUCAUGCCAUUGUAGAUGAAGUGUACAUGCUGACAGUGUUUGAUGAAUCUGUCACCUUUCAGAGUGUCCUCAGUGCAGACAGUUUGCCCGACCCACAGAGGACGCAUGUAAUGUGGGGAAUGAGCAAGGACUUUGCAAUGGCAGGAAUCAGAAUAGGCACUCUGUAUACUGAGAACAGAGAUCUUGUGGAGGCUUUGGCCAAGCUGGGCUCCUUUCAUGGUAUCUCUGGGACCACCCAGCACCAGGUAGCACAACUGCUUCAGGACAAAGAGUGGAUCAGUGAGGAAUUUUUGCCUGAGAACAGAUGCAGACUGAAAGCUGCUCACAGCUACUUGACUGGAGAACUGCUCAGUAUGGGGAUCCCCUAUCUGGACAGGCCUGCAACAUUAUAUGUCUGGGCUGACCUUAGGAAGUAUCUCCGAGAGUCCUCUUUUGAGGAAGAAUUGUCUCUGUGGAGGUGUUUCCUCAGACAUAAGGUGCUGCUGAGUUGUGGCCAGGCAUUCUCCUGUUGCGUGCCCGGGUGGUUCCGCAUCGUCUUUGCAGACCAACAGCACCACCUUCACCUUGGCUUUAAGCGAAUUAGGCAGGCUUUAAAAGAAAUUGAAGAAAAAAGGACCAUUCCCAACUCCAUCAAACAAACCAAUGAGGAGAGCCAAAAGUCGGUAAAAAAGGACAGUGCAGAUUCAGACACCGCUGCUAUUGUCAAUUCAACAUCCUUAACCCAGAGCAAUUCAUCAGAUGAGCUGAAGGAGAGGGACAGCCCUGUUCCGGAUAUAGGCUCGCCGGUCACUGAAGACUGUCAAGCCUCUAAGCCCGCAGAGAGUCUUGACUCACUCAUCGGUACUCUCAGGCAUCAGAUCCGUUCCUCUGAUUGGCUGGAGAAAAGCACUCCAGAACUGUCUGCUGGGGAGGACCCAGAAAUUUUUGAUGUGUUCAAGGUCCUGCUGCAAAGAGCCAGAAAGUAAGCUUAGGAUUAAACAAGCGUGAAUGUAGCUGCCAAAUUUUGAGAGGCAGUACUUUAAGCAUCCCUCUUCCUUCUUGUGUUUAUGGCGAAAAGCUCGACACAAACACCUGCCACAAGGAAAGUGAAGGUGGUGAGAAUAAUGUGACGAGCAGGGGCGACAUCUGAGGCUGAAGACGCUAUUGGCCGACAACACAUUAUGGCCCACUGUAUGCAACGAGUGGGAUUUCCUUAAUCAGUUUACGAUACGUAAUAACCAGACAACCCCACACACACACACACACACACACAGUUUCUACAUGACGGGGGUCUGAUUUGUUUAUUGCAGUCAGAGAUAAUCUCUUAACUGUUAAGGGACUUUUAGAUCAAGCUCUUCAAACUUGUUGUGUUUAUUAUUCAGCCACAAAAACUGAGCUUCCUCAAAUGUUGAAUGGCUGUUGCUUGAACCUUCAGUUCCUCUAUAGAGCGACUCGGCAAGACACGGUGGAGAAUUCACGGGGAAAUUUCACCCCUGACGGGUGGGAGUUUCCACUGCUGCAGAGGCGGAGUUACAAUGAGCAGUGCAAGUUUUAUCAGUUGUGGUUGUGAGCAGAAUAAAUCAUAUGUCAGAGCGCUGAAAGUGUUUGUACAGUAGCAUUGGAACAGUAGCACUUCUUUUACACUCUGUUCUACUUACAGACAAACUCAAAUCAGAUUUUAACCUCACACCUUUGUUUCGGGCAGCUUUUUUUCCUUCAACAACAAAGACUGUCAAAAUGAAGUUUCUUGAGCUGGACGACCAGAUCAGUCGCUUCAGGUUUUCACAGUCCUGUUUGGGAUUAACAGGGUGCCUCUGUGUGUGCUAUGCAGUCUGGACACCGUACUGGCUGAAGGACAGGGGACUGUGGACAGGGGGGAACACCACUGAAAGGGACCAGACAAAUCGUAAAGAUGACAUUGCCAUCAAUGCUCUGGAAGCAGAGAGGGUAUUUGGAAUUCUCUCCUCCCUGAUGGCUGUGAGCACUGCUGCUCUGUGUCUGGUGUUUGCCCUCUGCUGGACAUCUCAGACAGUGCGCUCCUACUCAAACACUCGCUCUCUCCUCAUGGCACAAAAAGCACUCUACCCCACUACCCUGCUGCUGUUCACCAUGGCCCCCACAGGUUUCUUCUUCCUCCUGAGCUGGUCUUUUUUCACAUAUGAGCACCGUGAAGAAAUCCGUCAGGACUUCUCCAGUCUCGGCUCCUCCUAUUGGCUGGGGGCUUUGGGUUGGAUCCUGCUGCUAGUCGUGGAGUCAAUUGUCUUUAUCGUUGAACAAGCUGUUGUGCCCAACAUCUUACCUGACUUAGAGAAGGCGAUGGAUUCAUGGCGGAUUUCCUCUCAACUUAAGGCUGCUGAAUGUUCUUUUAGUGGCAGUUCUCAUCCUUUUAGCCCCAAAAGCAACAUGACUCCAAAGAUUUAUAUGUCUUUACAUUGAAUAUGGUUUACAAACUCAGGUGACUGUUUAUUGGAGGGAUCCUGAAGUCAGCAGAACAAAAAGCUUUCUGCAGGGCUUGUUAUGGAGAUCAUGUUCCGGUUUGUUUUCAGUACAGACUGAAACAAAAUAAAAAUCACACCAAGGACCAAAAAUGUACUGACUGGUAAACUGUGUGACUAAUGAUAGGUUUGCUCUUCAGACAGGAAUAGGUCCAGGUGUGAAGGGCUCCCACUUAAAUGUGGUUAAACAAAGACAUUCAGUUAGUGCUUUAAUCUGAGUGUUGUAGUUGGUGCUGCAGUGUAUCUUACUUGAUGGCACUGUGAUGACCAGGUAACACUUCAAAUUGUAAUUUUCAUGUUAAAAAAAAAAGGUUGAUGAAUGUUUUCAAAUGUAAGCUAAAUUGAAUUAUAUACGGCACAGAACAAAUGGUGAAAAAUUCCACAUUCCAAAAAUGUUUUGGUCUGUUUGUACAUGUUUUUUAUUUGCAUAGAGUUUUAACUUGCAUUUUUUUGAUGCAGAGAUAAACUAUGUUUUCUGAAAAGUGGUUCUUAGACGUGUUUCUGAGCCCAUAUAGUAAAUUCCACUACAGUAUCAUCACUGUUUGUAAUGCAGUGCUGCCCGAGGGCCCUUCAGCACUGAUUUUCAGCCGUGUCCCAUGUCAGCCAUGCGUACAUCCGCUCACACUACCUUUCAAAUACCCUUUCUCGCCUAAACUUCUGAAACACUCAGCCUCUGAGCCUUUGAAAUGUUUUUUUUUUUUUUUAAAUCCAGUCUUUGUUAGUUGUGAGGUGUGUUUCUUUGUUGUUUUUUUUGGUGUUGCCCAUUUCCCACCUUUUUCUGAAUAUCCUCAAAA